CAUUUUACCCCAAUUAUGAUUACUGAACGAUUAUUACUUUCAACAGAAUUUGCCAUUUUGAAACCAAAACCCUCUUCCACUAUCUGUGUGUUUCUGUGCUUGCGUAUCCUCUCACCUUUUUUACCCCUGACCAGUUUGCAUCCCUGUUCAUGGCUGCGCUCCACUGUGUUUUGCACAGAUGACAGUGAUGAUGACAGGGAAGUGAGUCGAAAGCGUACAGUGCGCCAGGCAGCCUCCAAGGCUGUGUCCAAACAGAGGGAGAUCCUGCUGGGCGAUGGAGGCAGCGAGGAUGAGGAGCAUGAAGACCAAGAGGAAUCUUAUAUGGACCCCGAUGAGUCCGGCAGCGAUGAGGACUUCAUGGUGGAGGAUGAUGAUGACAGUGACUACGGUCGCUCAAAGAAGAAAGGCAAGAAGGUGAUUCGACGGGGACGGCCGGACAAGAAGGAGAAGAAAAGCCCCAAACCCCGACUAAAGGCCACAGUGACCCCCAGCCCAAUGAAGGGGAAGGGGAAGGGGCGCCCAAGCACCAAGGCCCUGGAGAAGAGCUCACCCAAAGAGGAGGAAGAGGAAGACCCAGAGAGUCCCCUGGAGGAGGAAGAGGAGGAGGCAGAGAAGAAAGAGACCUCCCCUGCCCCCAAGACGACGAAGGAGGCCGCAGGAGGAGAGGAGGAGGAAGAAGACGAAGAGGAGGAGGACGGCUCAGAAGAGGAGGCGCCCUCUGGAGAAGACUAGAAGAUGGUACCUGCUGAAGCCCAUCUCAAUGUCUCUUCUCAGCGUUUUCGUUUCUUUUGUUGCUCUGCAUUUAGAGUUGUUUUUUCCCCUUUUCUUUUCGGUCGUUUCUUUUUCUCCUGGUGGCCUGGCUCAAUGGUUUGGACUUUGUUUGCUUUUUCUUGUUUUGCUUCUCCCCCUCCAACCAAGACAUUGUGCUGAUGUGAUCAUAUGUAAGUUUUAAAUUUUCAACACCAGAGUCACAACGUUCAGCCUUACCUGCCUUCCCAUCUUCAGCAUUUUAGCGUGAAAAUCCGUCCUGAGUGUGAACACAGCAGUUCACUUGUGUUUGUGUCGUUUUCCUCCCCGGGGAUUAUCUGCGAUCUGACACGACUGGCCACACAGUUUAUUUUACUAAUAGCUGCGAUUACAGGGAGUAUUGUUCCGAGCCUCUCGGUAUCAUGAACUAAAGCGCUGUAUUUGCGAAGUGCCGUAAAGUCCACGCUUGCAGGCCUGAAGCGUUUCCCCUCUCUUUGGUACUUUGUGCUUUUAAACCAGGAGCAUGUCUUAAAUGGGCAGUGUUAGGUAGUUGUUUUAAAACCUUUAAAUCUGUUCUUUCAGUUAAAUUUUCUUUUUAAACAUGGCCCUGCUUGUUUCAGACUGUAUUGGUGCCCUGAACUCUUGCAGUGUGGCGGCUGCUUCAUAUAUCAGUUCAAACUGAAGGUGUGUUGCUACAUGCCGGACUGCCACUAUGACACGUUUAAAACGAGCAUGUGCGUGUUUUUAUGUACUUGUUUAAAUGUGUUUGCUGGGGGGGGGCGGGGGGUCUGGCUCUGGCUCUUUUUCUCUCCCCCAUCAGCUGCCUGUGAAACGGUUUCUGUUAUAUGUUGGGCUUUGUAACCAUGCACCAUGCUAUGUGCAGCAGCCCCACCCCUUUCAAACCCCGCCUCCCUGCAUGGCUACAGCGUCUCCUAAACAUUCAGCCCCUUGUGCCAGGCACCCCUAAAUCUGCUUUUGUUUUUUAUUUUUAAGAAAUGCAACAAGAGAUGUUUCUUUUUUUUUUUUUCUUUGAGUUCAAAAAAAUGAAUGUUUUUUUUUUUUCUCCUGUUGGUUAAUUGUUCUAAUUCUCUAUUCAGAUUUUUUUUGUAAUGUUUGUUUUUUAAGAAAAUAAAUAAAAUGUAUCUUGAUUUUAAAGAAAAAGAGUUGACCCUAUCCAAUCUGUUCUGCCUGGUGGUUGGACUAACCAUCCCUCCCUCCUUUACUCCAGUCCUUUCCUUCUCUUCUCCCCAUCUCCCAGUCCCAUCAGCUUAAUAGUUACUGCUCAUUUGUUUCUUAGAGCUUUUUGUUCACUCAUUAGUAUUUCACAUGCAGAUUCAUUUUUCAGAGUUAUCCAGAAAAGAUUGAAACAGUGAAGUGGGCAGCUCAGUAUAUAUCCGGCAUUCAUUUGUCUGUUAAUGCCUUAAUUUUUAUUGCGUUGAGUUUCAGUAGCGGCUCUGUUAAUGUCGUCACAGGCCUGAGAAUGUAAUUUGUCCUUAUGUUUAGGUCUUUGCUACAAGCGGCAAAUUAAAUUUGUAUGAUCAGCAGACCAUCCAAAGCCAUAAACGAUCUCAAAACUAGUGACUUGGAGAUCAGGUGCAGCACUUGUGAGAUUGUCCUUUUUUGCGACAAGUAGAGUUUUGAUGUCAAAGCAAAAAAAUAAGAACAAUCUGCUAUUGUGAUCUUGGGAACAUAAAUGCAAGGCUGCAAUAGAAUCAGCCUUGGAUGUGUACAGGACACACGAACCUUGUCCUUGGUUCAGAAGCACAUUCAAUUGUUUUACUACUGUCCUUAUUAGCAGGUUAAUGUGUUUUUCUACAUGCAGGUCCUGAAUUGGCACCCAAUCCUUAAUGUCAUUUUAAGACUAUAGGACAUGAAUAAGAAACUACGGUGUGUUUAUACCAACCUAAAGCUCAGAGCUGUUUGCAGUAGGAUCAGAUACUGUCCAGUAGUUCACAGCUUGAACGAGGUUCCUCUCCAUCACCCCACAGGAGGCACAUGGCAGAAGGCUGUGAAUUUCUCCUCUUUCAUCCAUUCUCCAGUUUCCUCUGUUGUACUGUUUUUGAUGUUUUUUUUAUUUUUAUCUACCUUCAGUUGUACUGGCAAUGUAAAUGUAAGCAAAGUUGUGAUUCCUACAGGAGACCAAGUGGAGAAACAUUUCAGUAGUGUGGAAAAGGAACGCUGAACUCUGAAUCUUUUGCAUGUUGUGGAAAAAGUGCAAAGCGAUGAUGAUGCUGGUAAUGGCAAUAUUGUGGUCUUUUAAAAAAAGUAUUAACAACAGUGUUGAUAAUGUUUUGGUUUCCCAGCUUCUAAUAAAGGCAACCUACUUUUUA